CUAAAACCUCAAAGUGCUUUUCAUUUAGGAGACACGGGGAAGAGACAGAGAGGAGGGUAAAGUGAGAAUCCUGCCUGCACCACAGGUCUGGACUGGUAACCUUGAAUCCUGUUUUCUUAAAUUCUGCCUCCGCUUCUGACUGAGGACCACUAGAUUUUGAGGAAACUUUGGUCUUAAUUCCCAUACUGAUUAGUCAACAGUGGAAAAUCUAAAGAGAUGCAAGCAGGAAAAAGAAAUUAAACCAGGCCUGAGGAGCGAUGCGACAGGCAUGAUGGAGGUCGAGUCCUCCUACUCGGACUUCAUCUCCUGUGACCGGACAGGCCGUCGGAAUGCAGUCCCUGACAUCCAGGGAGACUCGGAGGCUGUGAGCGUGAGGAAGCUGGCUGGAGACAUGGGGGAGCUGGCACUCGAGGGGGCAGAAGGACAGGUGGAGGGAAGCGCCCCAGACAAGGAAGCUGGCAACCAGCCCCAGAGCAGCGAUGGGACCACCUCGUCUUGAAUCUGACCUUGUCCAAGAAGGCUGGACGAGAGACCUUCUGUCCCCUCCCAGAGGGGGAACCCUGGCACCGGCCCAGCAGCCUCUUCUCUGAGCCCCAUGUCCCAGAUAAACCAGGCCAGACUGAGAAGGCUCCCCAGAGGCCUCUGUGGCCUCCAGUCCGGGAAAGCCCUCUGCCCACAGCCACAGGCUCCACAUUCCCACCACCUUCUCACCGUGCCCAGAUACACUUUCGAGACACUGUAACCACAAGAUGUUAUUUAUUGAGCUGGCGCCGGGACUUGGGCGGGGCCUGCCCUACAGUGAGCAGCCCACACAGGAACGCUCCUCUUGCGAGCGGCCCGGGCAGGGACCCUGUCCCAAAACCAACACCUCCUCUCCAGCCCAAUCUUCUGGGUCCAGACCAGCUUGUCCCUUUUUUAGAAAACACUUUUAAACUUUUUAAAAAUUUUAAACCUUUUUUCAGCAGAUAUGGAGAGAGCUGACAAUCAAUUCACAUUUUUUUAAGCCAUUUUAGCUAAACUCUCAUUGUGCAUCUCUGAGGUUCCCUCAUGGAGCUCCACAGAUCCAUUUUUAGGGAAGGGAUUUUGGCUCAAAACGAUUUGACCACCUCUGCCCUGUCCACCAGGAUAAGUGACACCUAGGACCCAGGAAAUAAAUGCCGAUGAUUUGUGUGA